UUUACCCCAAAUCAUAAGUCGGUCAGAGAGGAACCGAUUUCUUUCUAGACGCGACGGAACCACCGACCCAAAAAGCCGACUUUGCGUAAAACCCUACAAAGCCCUAGUCCAGCACCGGAGAAGAGAAAUAGCAGAAGACGAAGACGAAGACGAAGAAGAAGAAGAAGAAGAAUAGGUGAGAGAAGAUGGGAAAAGUACCACCGGCACUUAGGGCUACACCAUUCCCGUUAUCGACUCUGCUCAGAAACCCUUCACCUGUCCUUCCUGAUCAUCAACAGCCUGAAACUCCCACCCCACUUUCCAAACGCUAUCACUUUCCCAAGAAAAUCCCCAAGAAAAAAUCUCCCAAAUCCCUAACCACCGCCGUUGAAAACCCUAUACCCUCCCCAUUCAUCACCUUCAACUCCCCCAACCUUUCCGACGCCAAAUCCCUCUUCAAUUCAAUCAUCACCUCCACCACCAUCCCAUUCGACCUCAAAUUCCACAACUCCAUCCUCCAAUCAUUCGCCUCCAUAUCAUCAUCUAUCGACGACUCCAUCUCUCUCCUCCGCCACAUGAUCAAGACCUGCCCUCCCUUCUGCCCUGAUCGAUCCACUUACCAUGUUCUCCUCUCCCAGUCCUGCAAAUCCCCCAAUCCCACCCUAUCCUCUGUCCGCAAAACCCUCAAUCUCAUGGUCACCGAUGGAUUCCAUCCCGACAAGGUCACCACGGACAUAGCAGUCCGCACCCUCUGCAAUGCCGACCGCAUUGAUGAUGCUGUCGAAUUGGUAAAAGAAUUUUGCCUCAAACACUCUCCCCCAGACACUUACACCUACAAUUUGCUCAUCAAGCAUCUCUGUAGAACCAGGACACUCAAUACUGUCAAUAAUUUCAUCACUGAAAUGCGAGAAUCUUUCGAAAUAAAGCCGGACCUUGUUUCUUACACAAUCUUGAUUGAUAAUGUUUGUAACAGAAAGAAUCUCCGUGAAGCCACCCGGUUGUUGGAAUUGUUGACUGACGAUGGGUUUAAGCCAGACCGCUAUGUUUAUAAUACAAUUAUGAAGGGUUAUUGUAUGUUGAGUCAGGGGAGUGAGGUGUUAUGGGUUUAUAAGAAGAUGAAGGAAGAUGGAGUGGAGCCUGAUAUGGUGACAUACAAUACUUUGAUUUUUGGGUUGUCGAAGUCGGGGAGGGUUAAGGAAGCUAGGAAGUUUUUGGGUGUUAUGGCAGAAACAGGUCAUUUUCCAGAUGAAGUUACCUACACUUCUUUGAUGAAUGGAAUGUGUAGGGAGGGAAAUGCAUUUGGGGCAGUGCAGUUGUUGGAGGAGAUGGAAGCAAAGGGGUGCACACCGAAUUCGUGCACUUACAAUACUUUGCUUCACGGGUUAUGUAAGGCAAAGUUGUUGGAAAAGGCAAUUGAAUUGUAUGGUGUGAUGAAAGAAGGUGAUAUGAAGCUUGAGACAGGAUCUUAUGGGACGUUUCUGAGGCUACUUUGUAGGCAUGGUAGGAUUGCUGAGGCUUAUGAAGUAUUUGAUUAUUCUGUGGAGAGUAGGAGUUUGAAGGAUGUUGCUGCAUACUCAACAUUGGAAAGUACUCUUAAGUGGCUGAAGAAAGCCAAAGAACAAGGACUUGCUGUUUAAUUGGACUCGCAGGGUUGUUUUCAGCUGAAAUGGGGAGAGCAGUUUAACCACCUGAAGGCCUUGCAAGGCCGUCUUGGUGGGAGUUUCGGCAUGUAGUGUAGUUCUUAAUCAGCUCUCUUCCUGAAUUCAUCAGACUGCUAGUACCCAUUUCUAUUUUUUUGACAUUACUCCCAAGAAGUUUGAUAGAGUCGAGUGGAGAAGAAUAAUUCAUGCAGCCGAUCCCAUUUGAUGGGACUUAAAGGCUUGGUUUGGUUUGGUUUACUCCUAAGGAGUUUGUCAAGGUGACGAGCACCUGUAUGAUAUAUCUGUUGGUAUCGGCACCCCUGAAAAUUGGUAACUUUGAUAGGUUAGUGUAUCUCAAUAUGCACUGUAUAUCAUUUUCCUCCAAAUUUUCCUACAUGUUAUGCAGCAAAAAUAAAAAUUUAUUUACUUUUCGUUGUUCUCCUUUCCUCUGAUAGUACAUUGAAGAAUAUAUGAUAAUUUAUGCAAUUAUAUGUCA